AUCGUCGUCAACAAAGUCCAAAAAGCACGAGGGAGAGGACGACGGACGCCAUUAAUGGCUGCUUCAAUCUUCACUCCCCUUCUCGACACAACGAAGGCAAUUGGGUCUCUACAUACAUCUUCAUCUUCAUCUUCAUAUCUUCCAUUUCUCCAAUCCAACAGAAUCAAAAUCACACCCAAAUCCAGAACAGCGGUCAAAAUCAAGGUCUCCAAUCCUCGGUCUUCGAUUCCCACCGCCUCUUUCUCCGACCCAUUUGUUAUCGAAGUUGCCGAGACCUUAGAAGAUGCAAUCUCCACCGCCUCUGCCUCCCCACCGCCUCUUCCUCUUCAGAAGCUUCGAGACGCAUCUUCUCAAUCUCUCCUCUCAACUCCAUGGCCUUCUCGCAAAGACGAGCCUUUUCGAUUCACCGACACAUCUCUCAUCAGGAACGCACAAAUCGUCCCCGUUUCUUCUUCGCCGCCACAGUCAUUGACUGAUUCAGAAGGUACCCAAGUUCCCAAUCUUGUUCUAAUCGAUGGAUACAUUAUCAAUUCUCUCUCCCAAUUACCUGAAUUGCCCGAUGGGGCAUUUAUCGGAAGCUUAUCCAUGAUUAAAUCGGAUGAUUUAAUGAAAAAAGUGUCUGAAUUUAUGUCGAGUUUCGAUGGGGACUUGUUUUGGUCAAUCAAUGGAGUGGGUGCCCCUGAUUUGGUAGUGGUGUAUGUUCCUGAAGGGUGUAGGAUUGAGAGUCCUUUGCAUUUGAGGUACUAUUCCAUUGAAGGAGCUGAAAUUGGAGAAAACCGUAUGCCAUUAUCGAAUCCUAGAGUUGUAGUUAUUGUAGAGAAGGGAGGAGAGGUUGAUUUGAUUGAGGAGUAUGUUGGAGGAGAUGGGUGUAAGUGUUAUUGGGCAAAUUCAGUUCUACAAGUAGUGAUUGGAGAAGGAGCAAAGCUUAAGCAUUCUUACAUUCAGAAUCAGUCUCUAAAUGCUGCCCAUGUCAAGUGGACUUCCGUUACACAGGAAUCAGCUAGCAGUUAUGAGCUGGUGGAAAUAAGCAUUGGUGGGAAGUUGAGCAGACACAAUCUUCACAUUCAGCAAGUGGGACCCGACACAUCCACCGAUUUGUCCACAUUCCACUUGUCUUCAGCCGAACAAACUCAAGAUCUCCACAGUAGCCUCGUUCUAGACCAUCCACGUGGCACUUCCAAGCAGCUUCACAAGUGUAUCGUUGCUCAUUCGCUUGGACAGGCUGUAUUCGAUGGAAACGUUAAAGUCAACAGGUUCGCUCAGCAGACAGACGCAGGACAGCUGACACGAAGCCUUCUGCUUGAGCCACGAGCAACUGUAAACAUAAAACCUAAUCUUCAGAUCAUUGCAGACAAUGUGAAGUGUUCGCAUGGGGCUGCAAUUAGCGAUCUAGAAGAUGAUCAGAUGUUUUACUUUCGUGCAAGGGGAGUGGACCCAAAGACAGCGAGAAGAGCACUCAUCUUCUCGUUUGCAGCUGAAGUCAUUGAUCGGUUGCCUCAAAAGUCUCUACAAAAGAAAGUGGAAAGCAACAUUAAGAAUUUAUUGGAGCCUACUCUCGGAAGCCUUUAGUUAGCUGUUUGUUACUAGUUGCGGAGACUCGUAGCUCAAUUGUAGAACGCAAUAACUCAUGUUCAGAAGGUAAUGAGUUCAUUCUUCACUUCUCAACCAUUUAAAAUAAAAUAAAAAAUGUACUUUAAAGAAAAAGAAAUGUUUGUAAAUACAAGUUUGGGAAGGAUUUUGACUGUACUAGGGAACCAACAUAUUUGGGUAUCUUCUUUUUCUUCUUUAGGAUCCCUAUCCCAGUAAAUUUAAGGUUUAUUUUGAUUGAAGAAGAUUAUUAAAUAUCAUUUCUAUCAAUUUGUUAA